UUGAAAGAUAUGCUGUGAUCUUGGUCGUAUUGAAAUUGAUAUUCAGUUAAGCGUCCAAAAAAAACAGGUAGCAGGGUAAAAUGUAAAUUGUUAAAAUGAUAAAUUGUGUAUUUUAAAUAAAUAUUGAAACACAGAAAUGUUGUUAGUGUGCAAAUAAGUAUAAUGGUCAAAUAUGAGCAAGUUAAAAAAAGUAAAAUAUGAUUUAACCCAUUUGUGAAUGUUUACAAUUAUGUUGAAAAUACUUCUACAUGGGUUUACAGUGUUUCUAUGUUCUUUGUAUGGUGCCACGCUAAAUAGUACCGUUCUAUAUCAAGCGCCAGAUGAAUGUAGUUGGAUUGGAUCUGAUAACAGCGAUAUAACUCUAAUUUGUCAUUUACGUACCAUCAAUUCAGAACUAGAGAACACCAAUUUUAGUGUUAUUCAAUCGCAAAACACAAGGCGACUUCGGCUUAUGUGCAAUGAUGAUCUCUUCUUACAAAGCAGUCUUAACACUGACAGCUUUCAUUCGCUGGUAGAUUUAAGAGAUUUGACAAUAGAAUACUGUAAAUUUGGCCAAUUGACGCAAGCUUCAUUCCGUGGAUUAUACAACCUACGUAAUCUUACUAUAAGAACGCAUAAUGUUGAUUGGUCGACAAUGUCGUUGAAUAUUUCAUCAAAUAGCUUUAACGAAUUUCGACAACUAGAUCAUUUAGAUUUAAGCUUCAAUAAUAUCAGAUUUAUACCAGAUGGUAUGGUUUGUCCAUUAAAAGUAUUGAAAUAUCUGAACAUGUCUUUUAAUGAAAUUAAAGAUCUAAGUAGUUUUCGGUUUAGUGCAUCUAUAACAUCACGUAAAUUCCAUAUUUGCGGCUCAUCUUUAAUUUCUUUGGAUGUGAGUUCUAAUAAAAUUUCAAUUUUUCCAUCAGCUAUACUUUCUGGACUCUCUUUCUUAAAGUACUUAAAUUUAUCAAGAAAUAAUAUAAAUUUUGUCGCUGAUCGCGCUUUUGAAGCAUUAUUUUCGCUCUCAGUUUUGGAUUUAUCUGAUAAUCAUUUAACAUCACUUCCUCCAGAACUAUUUGCAGAAACCAAACUUAUGAAAGAAUUAUAUGUAAAAAAUAACAGUAUUAACAUUUUAGCCCCGGGCUUAUUCAAUCACUUACACGAACUGCGUUUGCUAGAUUUAUCGAUGAACUCUCUUAAUUCACAGUGGGUGAACCCAGAAACAUUCAUUGGAUUGCGCCAAUUGAUAUUACUAGAUUUGUCAUAUAAUCGAAUUAAUAAACUGGAAUCUAACAUAUUUCAAUCGUUAUUAAGCUUAGAAACAUUGAAAUUGCAGAACAACUAUAUUAGCAAUAUCGAUCGCAAAUCGUUUUUGAAUUUAAAAAACCUACGUACACUUAUUUUGUCCAAUAAUCGCAUUUCUUUAAUUGAGGAUUUUACAUUCCACGGAUUAUUUGGAUUGUUGGUAUUAAGUCUUGAUUACAAUUUAAUAUCUGAAAUUGACUUACAAUCUUUUAAAAAUUGUUCUGCAAUUCAGGACUUGCAUUUAAACAGUAACAAAUUAUCCAGUAUUCCGGAUGCAUUGCACAGUGUUCAACAGCUUAGGACUUUGGAUUUGGGUGAAAACUUCAUAACAAAUAUUGAGAACACUUCAAUAUCAACAAUGAAAAAUUUGUUUGGUUUACGUCUAACAGAGAAUUCAAUAAAUUACGUAAGAUGUGGUGCAUUUCGUCAUAUGACUUCGCUGCAAAUAUUGAAUUUAUCUGGUAAUAAAAUUACAGAUAUUGAAACAUGCGCUUUACAACAUAAUAAAGAAUUACAAGCAGUUCGGUUGGAUAGUAAUUACUUAAGACAUGCGACAGAGGUGUUUGUUGAUUUGCCCAAUUUAGUAUGGCUGAAUAUGUCAGAUAAUCUCCUAGAAAACUUUGACUACUCUUUGAUAUCAAAAGGAUUGCAGUGGUUAGAUGUGCGUGCAAAUAGAAUUAAUCAUUUAGGAAACUAUUUGCAAAUAGAAACCGAAUUUGGUUUGAGCACAUUUCAUGGUGGUUAUAAUAUGCUCACAGAAAUUAAUGCAAGCUCAAUCCCGCUUAAUAUAGAAAUUCUUUAUUUAAAUGACAACUUAAUUUCUACAAUUCAGCCAUAUACGUUUUUUAGAAAACAAAAUCUUAUGCGAGUAUAUCUAAUUCGUAAUAAACUAACUACACUUGAUCCAAACACGUUUCGUCUAUCUCCAGUGUCAAUCGAAAAAGAAAUGCCACAAUUUUAUGUGAGCGGCAAUCCAAUUAAUUGUAAUUGUGAUCUUGAUUGGAUACAAAAAAUUAAUAAAGACUCUCGAACGCAACCAGAUUUGGUUGACUUAGAUAAUAUCUACUGCAAACUUAAGUACGCUGGAGGAAUUACGGUGCCUCUAACUGAGGUGCAAACAACUCAACUUCUAUGCAAAUAUGAAAGUCAUUGCUUUGCAUUAUGUCAUUGCUGUGAUUAUCGUGCAUGUGAUUGUAAAAUGGAAUGUCCUAAUCGUUGCUCAUGUUUCCAUGAUACGUCUUGGAUUUUAAACAUGGUAGACUGUUCCCAGUCGAGAUACGACCAUGAUUUACCACCGCUUAUUCCGAUGGAUACUACGCAGCUCUAUUUAGAUGGCAAUGACUUUAAAGUAUUAUCUAGUCAUGCAUUCAUAGGACGCAAGCGAUUAAGGGUUCUUUAUUUAAAUAGAUCUUGUAUAGAAACUAUACAUAAUCGCACAUUUAACGGAUUAUUGAAUUUAGAAGUAUUGCAAUUGAGCCACAACGAUUUAAAACACUUAAACGGAGACGAAUUUCAAGGUCUGAAUAACUUGCAAGAACUUUAUUUGGAGUACAAUGCUAUUGUUAGUAUUGAUAUCAGAACUUUUACUCGCUUAUAUAAUUUAAAAAUUUUGCGACUUGAUCAUAAUUUUAUUGCUGAGUUUGCUAUCUGGAAUUUUCUUCCUCCUUAUAUAAUUGAUAUUUGGAUCUCAGAGAAUCGUUGGACAUGCAAAUGUGAUUUUAUAACUAAAUUGCGUGAUUUUAUCGAGCGUAAACCAAUAGUAAAGGACAAAUAUUUACUCUACUGCAGUUCAUAUCCAGAUAAUACUACGAACAACUUUAGCCAAUCACAUCCAGAGAAGUUUAAAAUUUAUUAUGACAGUGAGUCUCAACAUGAUAGAAAAAUAAAUUAUGUGAUUUGCAAUGGAAGCAAUAGUGAUGAAAUGUUUACUAAUGUUUUUUAUAAUAAACAGUUUAUUGGCAAUGUUAUUUUCAGUGAUGAUACAAACGCUACAAGAAUGAUCCUAUCACAGUCGUCCUUGCAAUAUUUUGUUCCAACGCUUGUAACUCUGCUGACUUUGUGUAUUUUAAUUACCAUAAUCAUAUUAUUUGUGUUUAUUUUUCGUCAGGAAAUACGUGUCUGGUUUCAUUCGAGGUUUGGUGUGCGUCUUUUUAACAAAUUAAAAGAUACGGAUAAAAACGAACGUGAGAAACUUUUUGAUGCAUUUGUUUCCUAUAGUUUCAAAGAUGAGACUUUUAUUAGGGAUGUAUUCGCACCCAUGCUGGAGCAAGGCGAUGCAGGUUAUAAACUCUGUCUACACCAUCGUGAUUUUCCAAUUGGUACCUAUACUACUAACACAAUUGUACAAACGAUCAAUACUUCAAGGCGUACAAUCAUGAUUCUAUCGGAGAACUAUAUAAAGUCUGAAUGGUGCAACUUCGAAUUCAAAUCAGCACAUCAAUCUGUUUUUCGUGACCGUCGUCGUCGCCUAAUAGUUGUUUUAUUAGGAAAUGUUGUACAAAGAGAUCUUGAUCCUGAUUUGUGUCUUUAUCUUAAAACAAACAUUUUUCUUAAAUGGGGUGACAAACUUUUUUGGGAAAAACUACGUUUUGCUUUACCUGAUGUACCAAAAAAUCAACGACGCACAUGUAACCAAAAUUCUCAGUGCACCAAUGUUGGUAUGCAUAUUCCUAUUAUGGAAAAUCAUUCUUAUUUACAGAAUUAUCAAAUGAAUCACUUAAGAUCGGAUGUGCAGUUCCCACAACAUGAUUUUCACCAUGGAAAGCCACUUUAACAUCAAUUUUCAAUACUACAGUAUUAUUGCUGAACAGCAACCAGCAAAUGUUAUAUUAAUUGAGCUCAAAAACAGAUUGUAAAGGUUUUACUCAACAGUAGUCGUUUCAAUGUGACAUACAACAAGAAAGCUUACUACCCUUCAUAAAUGAACAUAACGUACAACAACAUAAUAUCUAUUUGAGAUCCAAAUCUAUUAGUCCAAUGUCUAGAAAAUCAGUACUUGAACCGUCUUGACUUUUUAUUAUUUGCGUUAACUUUACAAUUCGGUUUAACAUCAAUUCCAAAAAACAAUAAUCUUUUAAAUUAAUUUUUAUUGUAUAAAAUUAUUCGAAAUUUCUUAUUAAUUAGAAAAAAAAAUUGUUUUUUAAAUUUUAUUUUGCCCUUGAAAAACACAAAAAAUGUACUUCAACAAACAGCAAGUAACCGCAAUGUUAACCACAGUAACCACAAAGCAAGUAAAACAAUAUUAAAUGUAAAAUUUGUAUUUGUAUUAAUUAAUGUAUUAAUUAAUGUA